AAAGAAACCAGGGAGACCCCCGUGUGAGCCCUUGAGUAACUUGUAGUCUUGGUUCUCCUUUAAAUUUUCUCUGUGGCUGGGUACUACAUUUGCCACUACCAUCAGCAGCACCGCUGCUUCUUGAUGUUGUGGUCGGGAAUACGCAUGCGCCCGGCAUUGGAAUUACUGCACUGGGAAGAAUAAGUUGGACCUCGUCUGUCUUCACCAAAAGAGAAAAAAACACAUAACAUAAGUAUGGCAGUGUUCAGAAUAAGAAGAAUAAUGUGUUUUUGCGUCUGGUUGUUUCCCCUCGUAGUGGCCGUGGUGUGCGCCCAAAGUGCCACUGUCAAUGACCCUAGCAAUAUGUCUUUGGUUAAAGAAACCGUGGAUAGACUGUUGAAAGGUUAUGAUAUACGAUUGAGGCCAGAUUUCGGAGGUCCUCCGGUUGGAGUGGGGAUGAAUAUAGACAUAGCCAGCAUAGACAUGGUAUCAGAAGUCAAUAUGGACUACACAUUGACAAUGUACUUCCAGCAGGCCUGGCGAGACAAGAGGUUGUCCUACUCUGAGAUCCCCCUCAACCUGACCUUAGAUAACCGGGUAGCUGACCAGCUCUGGGUCCCCGACACCUACUUCCUCAACGACAAGAAAUCGUUUGUCCACGGUGUCACAGUGAAAAAUAGAAUGAUCAGACUGCACCCGGACGGUACUGUUCUGUACGGUCUAAGGAUCACUACCACUGCUGCGUGUAUGAUGGACCUGAGAAGAUAUCCGCUGGAUGAGCAAAAUUGCACACUCGAGAUAGAGAGUUAUGGUUACACUACAGAUGACAUUGAGUUCUACUGGCGAGGCGGAGACAAUGCCGUGACGGGGGUGGACAAGAUUGAACUGCCGCAGUUCUCCAUUGUGGAUCAUAAACUCAUCUCCAAGAAUGUCGUCUUCUCCACAGGUGCCUACCCUCGUCUGUCCCUGAGUUUUAAGCUGAAGAGAAACAUUGGGUACUUCAUCUUGCAGACAUACAUGCCUUCUAUACUUAUCACCAUCCUCUCCUGGGUCUCCUUCUGGAUCAACUAUGACGCCUCUGCUGCCAGAGUGGCUCUAGGUAUUACCACGGUGCUCACCAUGACUACCAUUAACACCCACCUGAGAGAAACCCUCCCCAAAAUCCCCUAUGUCAAGGCCAUAGACAUGUACCUCAUGGGCUGCUUUGUCUUUGUCUUCCUGGCUCUGUUGGAGUAUGCACUGGUAAACUACAUCUUCUUCGGACGGGGUCCUCAGCGUCAGAAAAAGGCAGCUGAAAAGACAGCUACAGCCAACAACGAAAAGAUGAGGAUGGACCAACAUAAGUGGCUGGUGGGGAAUGUAGUUGGCAGAGAUGAUACUCUGUAUGCAAGAAUGAAACAAAGAGAUCUUGAUGGUCAUGACUCGAUGUGGGAACCGAUCUUUGUGGAUGACGCAGCAAUCGGACUUGGCGAUCAAAAGAAUAAGAUGGACCCACAUGAAAACAUUCUUUUAGGCACCCUGGACAUCAAGAAUGACAUGGGUGUGUCAGAGUUGGCUCUGGGCCUUAAUGACCCACGAAAUACCAUGCUGACAUAUGACAGCUCAACUCUACAAUACCGCAAAGCAGGACUGGCCAGGCACAACUUUGGAAGAAACACGCUGGAAUGCCACAUGACUCAAAAGAAGAGCCGACUACGAAGGCGCGCUUCACAGCUUAAGAUCAACAUCCCAGACUUGACUGAUGUAAACUCUAUUGACAAAUGGUCGAGGAUAAUCUUCCCAACUGUCUUUUCCUUCUUCAACAUUGUUUACUGGCUUUACUAUGUCAAUUAAAAGAAAAAAAGGACAUCGGUGAGGGCAAG